AUGUUUUCCGGCGCCUCCUGGCCAUCGACCUCCCUGGGGAGCGGCCUCGCGAGGGGCAGGCGCUGCUCGCGGCCGCUCAGGCAGCCGCCGCGAGUGGUGGCCGAAUCCGCCAGCCUGAAAAUCCCCGACAAAUUCGCCAAGGUAACUCCUAGAGGCGAAUAUGUAUAUGUGAAGGCCGGGCCCGAAGAAGAAAAAACGUUGGGAGGUAUACUGCUGCCGCCAUCAGCAGCCCAGAAACCAACCACAGGCACGGUUGUCGAGCUUGGUGAUGGCAAAGUGGGCUCCAAAACUGUCAAAUUCUCUCUGAAGGAAAAUGACACAGUGUUGUACAGCAAGUUUGGAUUCAUGUACACUGAGCUGGACAAGGCUGGAGAGCGAUAUCUAUUGAUCAGAGAGGAGGACGUCAUUGGGACACUGCCAACGCGUGCUGAAGAUGCCACUGCCGAUGACUGUGCCAAGCUGCAGCCAUUGGGUGACCGUGUGCUACUCAAGAUUGUUGAAUCCAGUGACUUGACUGCUGGUGGCGUCAUUCUCCCGGAAAGCGCGAAAGAGCGACCCAUGCUAGGAGAAGUGGUACGAGUGGGCCCAGGAAAGGAGGGCAAGGAUGGAGAAAUUGUGCCCUGCAAGGUGAAGCCUGGAGAACUAGUCCUGUAUUUCAAAUAUGCAGGCGAUGCUAUGGAGACCUUGCAAGGGGAGAAAUACAUCGUCCUGCACGAAACGGACAUCCUGUGUAAGGCGUGA